AUGUCGCAAAGUCUCCGCCCCUAUUUGCAGUGUGUUCGCGUGAGUCUCACUGCUGCUCUAGCAGUGUCCAAUUUCGCAUCCCAGACGAGCGAGCGCCACAAUGUACCCGAGGUGGAGGCAGCAAGCUCUCCGGAACUCAUUCUGAAUCCUGUCACAAUCAGUCGCAACGAGCACGAGAAGGUCCUUAUUGAACCUAGUGUCAACUCUGUCCGCUUUUCUAUUCGAAUCAAGCAGGCCGAUGAGAUCGAACACAUUCUAGUACAUAAAUUCACACGCUUCUUGACUCAGCGCGCCGAGUCAUUUUUCAUCCUCCGAAGGAAGCCUAUGCCAGGCUAUGAUAUCUCAUUCCUGAUUACCAAUGCACACACCGAGGCAAUGCUGAAGCACAAACUCGUGGACUUUGUCAUUCAAUUCAUGGAGGAAGUUGACAAAGAGAUUUCCGAGAUGAAGCUUUUCCUUAAUGCCCGUGCUCGUUUCGUCGCUGAAUCGUUCCUGACUCCUUUUGACUAA